GUGGGAGAUUGUUGGAGUUGUGCCCUGAUGGCCAACUGUUUAUCAUUAUUCUAUCAUCUAUAGGCAGAUAUAAUAUGUUUACACAUCUCAUGCUAAUGUAAACAAAUAUUAUAUUCCUAGAUUUAUAUUUAAAGAUGUUUAUCAGAUAGUGUUAUUCUGCUGAUGAGACUAACAUCUUGAAAUAAAUAUUUAUCUGAAUGUCCAUAGUCGAGUAUUAACGAGAGUGGGAUAUCGUUAAUGCAUCUCAUCCUCGAAGAUCUCUUCUCCAUUACAAGAUCUUCCUGCAUUGACGCUAACAAGCCGAAGAAGAAACAUUGGUCCACCGCCGCUGCUGGGAUUCCCGGAACUGAGACUGCCGCCACCGCAGUGACUCCGUUGUCCGUUGCCGACGUCGCUUGGUUGAUUGAGAAUUUGAUUUGUUUUAAUUCGUCCAACAAUCGAGGUAACAGGAACGAUGAAUAAUGAGACGGUCUUGGAGGCAGCGAGGGCGAAGAGAUGGAUGGAUGCUAGCUGGAGGAGUUAUCUGAUUUAAUACUUAAGUUUAAAUUGAUUAUGUUUUUAAGGGCAAGAACCCAAAGUUGUAUUUUGAUUAAGUACUUAAAGGCUUCCGCACCGUUUUGAUUUACUCUGAUGGGUAUUUAAAUAUUGUUUUGAAUUAAAUAUUUUUAAAUUGU